GGGGUUCCGCCUUGCGCGUGGGGCGCUGAACUGAGAGGCGCGGAGGCGGCGAGGGCGCGCGGGGGUCUUGGGGGCUGCUCGGCGCCGCCUCCCUGCCACCCGCCUCACCAUGGGCAGCGCGGAGGAUGCGGUCAAAGAGAAACUGCUGUGGAACGUGAAAAAGGAGGUGAAGCAAAUCAUGGAGGAAGCUGUCACCAGGAAGUUUGUUCAUGAGGAUAGCAGCCACAUCAUUGCUCUGUGUGGUGCUGUGGAGGCUUGCCUCCUGCAUCAACUGAGACGCCGUGCUGCUGGCUUCCUGCGCAGUGACAAGAUGGCAGCUCUGUUCACCAAGGUGGGGAAAACGUGCCCUGUGGCUGGGGAGAUUUGCCACAAGGUACAGGAGCUGCAACAACAAGUAGAGGGCAGGAGACCCUCAGGAGGUGGCCAGGAGGCCCUGCGGAAACAGGGCCCAGCUGGUGGGAAGGCCCCGGUCCUCAGCCCACAGGCCUUGAAGCACAUUUGGGUACGCACAGCACUCAUGGAGAAAGUUCUGGACAGGGUUGUGCAGUACCUGGCGGAGAACUGCAGCAAGUACUAUGAGAAGGAAGCAUUACUGGCAGACCCUGUGUUUGGCCCCAUCCUGGCCUCUCUUCUAGUGGGACCCUGUGCCUUGGAAUACACAAAGCUCAAGACGGCUGAUCACUAUUGGACUGACCCCUCUGCUGAUGAGCUAGUCCAGAGGCACCGUAUCCGGGGUCCCCCUAGUCGCCAGGAUUCUCCUGCAAAGCGCCCUGCCCUGGGGAUCCGGAAGCGACAUUCUAGUGGCAGUGCAUCAGAGGACAGGCUAGCCACCUGUGCCCGCGAGUAUGUGGAGUCCCUGCACCAGAACUCAAGAACACGACUGCUCUACGGCAAGAACAACGUGCUGGUGCAGCCGAAGGAGGACAUGGAGGCUGUCCCUGGCUACCUCUCUCUACACCAGUCUGCAGAGAGCCUAACUUUGAAGUGGACCCCCAACCAGCUCAUGAACGGGACUCUGGGGGACACUGAGCUGGAAAAGAGUGUUUACUGGGACUAUGCCCUGGUGGUGCCCUUCAGUCAGAUCGUCUGUAUUCACUGCCAUCAACAAAAGAGCGGUGGCACACUUGUGCUGGUGAGCCAGGACGGCAUCCAGAGACCACCACUGCACUUCCCACAGGGAGGACACCUGCUGUCCUUUCUGUCCUGUCUGGAGAAUGGGCUGCUGCCUCGAGGACAGCUUGAGCCCCCGCUGUGGACCCAGCAGGGGAAGGGCAAGGUGUUCCCCAAGCUGCGGAAACGCAGCAGCAUGCGACCCGUGGAUGUGGAGGAGCUGGGCAUGGGGCGGGCCACAGACUACGUGUUCCGGAUCAUCUACCCUGGGCAUAGGCACGAGCACAGCAGCCUGGGCAUGGGACUUGCGCUUCUUUUGGACAAAGCAAGUUGUUCACCAACUCCCCUAGAGCCGGAGCUCUCUUCAAGCCAGCAUUUGACAAGAGGAGCUCUGACUGAGGUUGGGGUUGCUUCUGAAGAGGUCACUAUUAACUACCACCACCUAGCGGCCAGCCGCGCGGCCUCGGUGGACGAUGAUGAGGAAGAGGAGGAUAAACUGCACUCGAUGCUCUCAAUGAUCUGCUCGCGGAACCUCACAGCUCCCAAUCCGAUGAAAGAUGCUGGCGACAUGAUCGAGAUGCAAGGCUUUGGGCCCAGCCUGACAGCCUGGCACCUAGAACCCCUGUGCAGCCAGCGCUCCUCUUGCCUCUCCUGCUCCUCCAACAGCUCCCCAUAUGCAACCCCCAGUCACUGCAGCUGUGUCCCAGACCGGUUGCCCCUCAGGCUGCUGUGUGAGAGCAUGAAGAGGCAGAUCGUGUCCCGGGCCUUCUACGGCUGGCUGGCCUACUGCCGCCACCUGUCCACGGUACGGACCCACCUGUCAGCACUGGUGCAUCACAACAUUAUCCCACCUGAUCGACCCCCAGGGGCCUUGGGAGGCCUCACCAAGGAUGUGUGGAGCAAGUAUCAGAAGGACAAAAAGAACUAUAAGGAGCUGGAGCUGCUAAGGCAGGUGUACUACGGAGGUGUGGAACAUGAGAUCCGCAAGGACGUCUGGCCCUUCCUCCUUGGCCACUAUAAAUUUGGUAUGAGCAAAAAGGAGAUGGAGCAGGUAGACACAGCGGUGGCAGCAAGGUACCAGCAGGUGUUGGCGGAAUGGAAGGCCUGUGAGGUGGUGGUGAGGCAGCGGGAGCGGGAAGCUCACCCAGCCACGCUCACCAAGUUCUCCUCAGGCAGCAGCAUCGACAGCCACGUGCAGCGCCUCAUCCACCGAGACUCCACCAUCAGCAAUGACGUGUUUAUCUCUGUGGAUGAUCUGGAGCCUCCAGGGCCUCAGUGCCCCGAAGAUUCCAGACCAAAGCCUGAGCAGGAGCCAGGAAUUGGGACUCCAGGCACAGCCGUGGUGGAGCAGCAGCAGUCAGUGGAGUUUGAUUCUCCUGACUCAGGGCUGCCGUCCUCCCGCAAUUACUCUGUGGCAUCAGGCAUCCAGUCCAGCCUAGAUGAGGGCCAGAGUGUGGGCUUUGAAGAAGACGGUGGUGGAGAAGAAGGCUCUGAUGGGCCAGCACCUGCAGGCCACACUUUCUCUGAGCCUCAGGAUCCCAGCCAAGAAAAGGUUUCACAGGCCAGUGAGCUGGAGGCAGCCGGAGAGCUCACAGCUGUGUGUGCUGCGGCCUACACUAUAGAAUUAUUGGACACCGUGGCCUUAAAUCUACACCGCAUAGACAAGGACGUGCAGAGGUGUGACCGGAACUACUGGUAUUUCACAACCCCCAACCUCGAGCGGCUCAGAGACAUCAUGUGCAGCUAUGUGUGGGAGCACCUGGACGUGGGCUAUGUGCAGGGCAUGUGUGAUCUGCUGGCACCUCUCCUGGUUAUCCUUGACAAUGAUCAGCUGGCCUACAGCUGCUUCAGUCACCUCAUGAGGAGGAUGAGCCUGAACUUCCCCAAUGGGGGCGCCAUGGACACUCACUUUGCCAACAUGCGCUCCCUCAUCCAGAUCCUGGACUCUGAGCUGUUUGAGCUGAUGCAUCAGAACGGAGACUACACCCACUUCUACUUCUGUUACCGCUGGUUUCUGCUGGAUUUUAAGAGAGAGCUGCUGUAUGAGGAUGUGUUUGCUGUGUGGGAGGUGAUCUGGGCAGCCAGGCACAUCUCAUCAGAGCAUUUUGUACUGUUCAUCGCCCUGGCCCUGGUGGAGGCCUACCGAGAGAUCAUCCGUGACAACAACAUGGACUUCACUGACAUCAUCAAGUUCUUCAAUGAGCGGGCUGAGCAUCAUGAUGCCCAGGAGAUCCUGCGGAUUGCCCGGGACCUCGUCCACAAGGUGCAGAUGCUCAUAGAGAACAAAUGAGGGCUGUAGCCAGGGGCUGCAUGGAGAGCCUGGGCACCAGGCCCCUGGGCUCCAGCAGGGAGAGGUGCAGGGGCAUUACAGCCGAUUGCUUCAACCCCCAGCUGUCCCUGCCUGCACAGCUAUGUUCCUAACAAAGUGAUUGUGAGCCUGGAUCCGACUCCAGGCUGUGCUGGCCCUGUAGGGCUAGUCAGCGCCAGGCUGCCCUCAGAUCAGGGAUGGGAUGGGAGGGGUUGGCCUCACGGAGCAGCUGCCUUGGGGCACACCUACUCUGUUCUCCUCUUAAACAACUAGGAAUAGCCCCACUGCCACCUGCAGCCUCAGCCUGGACUGUCCCCCAAUGCCUCUCUUGAAUCAACCUGGGGCCCUCUAGAGCUAACAGGGACUAUAUAGUGGCCUGGGCCCCACCUGUCAAGAGUUGCAGGGGACAAUGGGGCUCUGUGUGUUCUCUCUCCUGAUAGCCCCUUUGCAGUCCCUGUUCUAGCUGCCUUUUAGGGCAUGUGUCCUGGAGACAGGAGACCUAACCUGCCUUCCAGGCCCUCUCCCAAGAUUCUAGGGCAGUCAGAUGUGGGUCCUGGGUGGGAGAAACCCACCUUAGCAGCACUGCCACCACUUCUGGCCACCUGAGGUAAACUCAAGUGCUCUCCCUACUAUACAGGUCACCUAUGUGUGUCUGUACAGUGUCACUCUUACCUCCCUGUCCUUUCUUUAUGUAUUAGAUAUAUCCCUGAAACUGUGGAAGUAACAUUCUUGUUAGUUGGAUGAUCUGGAGCACAGCUGGAUCACUAGCUCUCCAGAGGAACCCCAGGUGAUUUUAUAGGGAGGCAGUCCUGUCACAGCUUCUUCUCAGGGACAGUCCUGAGCUUAGGAGCAGCUUGUUGCCUGUCCCAGGAAUCUGCUGAGUCCCUGGGGCUAAGGGAUAUGGGGGGUGCUUGGUGAAAAGCAAGGCCCACUCUGAUUUCCAUAGGCUUCUCAGGAUGCUGAGAGGCCUAGGGAUCCAGAAGUCCCUGAGAGGAGCUGCACUUGCAGGGGUGCCAGGAAGGGUGUGGCUCCUGACCUGAGACUUAGGCAUGCUGCUUGCUCUGUCAACCCCACAGCCCCUUCCACUCAGUUCAUGCUAGGCCUUGUCCUGGAGGAUAUAUCUGGGUUUGGGGCCUACCCAAGAGUCACCAAGGUAUGCAGACAUGCCACAUUUGGGAAUCAUGAGAAAGAGCCCAGCAGCUAUUCCGCAACCAGCCCAGCCUUCCCAGCCCACCCCUGUCCUGGGCACUGCACGGCCUGUUUGGGGGCCAGCCCACCCCAUUGCCCACCCCUGUCUGUAAGUCCUUGGCCUCCACCAAGCAUGGUGGCCAUUGUGUGCCUGCCUUAGUGACUCAGUGGUUUUGUGGAGAGCGGAGUAUAUAUGUUUUUGGCUCAGAAACUAUACUCUUCAGUGUAACCAACCAAUAAAUACAGCAUUUGGCAACA